AUGUCGAUUGACGACCACCAAAGAAAGCUCUCUGAAGCUGUGAUUAUGGCCGGCAAAGUCGGCGACCUCCUCGAGCACAAACUCUCCGCGGCCAAGCCAGCCCGCAAAUUGUGCUUUGCCAAGCUGAGGCCAUUCAUCGAGGACCUACAACUCGACCAUGCGUGGAUCACCCAACUCCAUCACCAAAUCGAGUCCAGCCUGUGCGACUGGACUAAAAAUAUCGACGCAGCACCUCCCGAAACUCGUCAAAAGCUCGAACACGAGCUCGAAGAAUGGCACGCCUCCAUUCAACCGAUCGAAGCCCAGGAACGCAUCGAAUUGCUUUGCUUCCAAAUCGACCAGACUCUAAUCCCCUACCAGACUGAACUCGAAAGCUAUCGACUUGAUCAAGUCAGUAAGAAGACAUUCCAAAAGUCCCCCGAAAGGACUCGACGCACCAAGGCGAUCGCUGCACCAAGCGUCGCCACCGACAUCAACGGCCCGGACGCUCCAAAACAACCAAUGACCACUAAUUCUCAGACGAAAGAGAAUCACCUACCAUCGAACGACCAGCCCUUUCCGCAACCAAGCUGCAACCAAGCCAAUUCAAGUUCCGGGAUGUACCAAGCCCAUCAUCAGCCCAACGCCUCGCAACCACCAGUAUCGAAUAAAUUGCGACCCAAUUCAAGUUCAGGGAUGUACCAAGCCCCACCGCCAAUCACCCACAACUACACUAAAGGACAACCACAAGCCUCCCAAUCACCAGCAGACCACACUGCAUCAAACAGGAUGCGACCUCACGAUCCUGUUAAUCACCACCACAUCAAGAACACAUCUCCAACGUCCCAUUCAAGCGGACCGUCGCCAUCACGGCACUUCAAUCAUCAAUCUCCAGUCACCAACGACUACAUCUACGCUUCAUUCACCACUGCAAGCGAAGCAAACAAACUUCGCGACCGCAUAUGCGACGCCAGGCCCAAAGGAUUCAGCUCAGAAACAACACCGCAAGCCGAAGUCAACGCCGUAGCCACCCGCAACCCGGACAUCUCAAAACCCGACCGCGGCUCUCCCAACACAACAACACCUCUUGAAUCGACUCCAAUCGACCCUGUCAACAACAAAACUCUCUCCCUCCAGAAGACCGUCGACCCAAACAUCAAUCCCGAACCGCCACCUUCAUCAUCACUUACCACUGCCGAAAGCUCCAAGCAAGAACUCUCGCCGACUUCCGCAGAAGAACCCGGCUCUCCAUCCUCGAGCAAGCAAACAAGCCAACCCAAGCGAACCUCCAAACCUCUAAGCGACGAACCCCAUGCCGAAGACAGAACGCCAGACGAGAACGACGAGGCCUAUGCCGAAGACAGGACGCCAGCAGACGAGGGCGACGACGCCUACGAUGAAGCCUUUGCCGAAGCCAGGACGCCAGAUGAAGCAAUUUCACAAUCUCUCCAUCACCACCCGAAGACUAAGACCACCGAGGACGCGACGCCGAGCCCCUCGGACCCGACCGCCGCCGACGACAAGACUGACCUCGACAAUCCAAUCACCACGCAGCUCUACCUCGACAAGCCCUCUCCCAACAACCGCAACUCUGACAACAGCAGCGACGGCGCCUCCAAACGCGCACCCACAAAUCCGCUUGGUCUCGGAGCACCCAGUUCAUCCCACCCAUCACAACCUCGCCCAAAGCUUCUCGCCCGGGGAGGCCGCCUCUGCGACGGAACAACGACAAUCACCACAAAACCGACGACUGCGACUACUACCACGACACCUCGCCGCGCCGGGGAGUGUCGCCACAGCGACCUCAAAUCUCAAUCGUACAGUCGGGGCCCGGCAGGAGCCGCCGGACCACCGUGGGAACCCCCGCUAUACGAAGAUGCAAAUGCCCGCCAUGGCCUA